GUCACAUGAAUAAAUUCAUGUUUGCCAAAGACUAAGGAGGUGAUAUCACUUCUAUACAGUGCGCUAUAGUGCGCUAUUACUCUGAAGAGUGAAGGUUGGUGUGAUUGAGUCUAUAUAUCAGAAGGUAUCUAAAAAACUUGACAUCCGCAUACAAGAAUACAAUGUGAACAUAAUCUAUAUCCAUCGGGAUCAUCUGAUUGGAAUUUCAACAACAAAGAGAAGGAAUAUAUUUACGGAAGAAUGUUGUGUUCUUUCUGUUGUAAUUACUGGCCGGGAGAUAUUCUGUAAAAGGCUGCCAAGAACUUUAACGUGAGAACAUUGAAGUAUAUUCUCGAGGAUUAGCAUAACAGGAAUACUGAGACAAAACAUAGUCAAAAAUACUUUCACGGCUGAGAACCGGGGGAAUAACCUGAACAAGCGCGUCAAAUUACAGCGGCCACGAAGAAAGGCCAAAUUCCUCAUGAACUAAGAUUCAUUAUGGAUUUUGACACAGAUAAAACAGAUAAUUACGAAUUAUUUAUGGACAAAGAACCCGAAAUUACUUUUAAAAGUCAGGAAGUUCUUUUGCCUCAUGACUCAGACAAAGAUCUCUUUCACAACAGGAAAUGUUGGAGAAUUUUGUUUUGCAUUCGCGUAGCCUCAGGAAAUAAACUACGACCGAGUGUUAAUAAAGUCUGGAAGCCUGUUUUUCUGGUACUAGAAGAAAACAGCCUGAAAUUCCACGCACAAGAUUUUGAAUCUUCACCGCCGUUUAAAAUCAUCAGUCUAACUUGGUUUUACUCCUUCCGUGUUCCGAUGAAAACUCAAUUAAAUGAAGAUGGUUUCCUGUUCACGACAGUGUUAAUCAACUCAUUGCACAGCAGACGUUCAGCGAUAAAAAGAUUCCGUGGUUUUUGGAAAAAAGUCAAGAUUGGCUGCGCAAAUUAUAACACGUUAUUGGAUCUAGUAGAAACUGUCCAAAAAUGUGUCGCCAGUUUUCCAGCUUUCCGACCGGCAGGUAUUUUUCAUAAGACGGAAAAGAUGUUGGUACGGGUUGAAGAUUUUCACGAAGUUACUCAGCCGGAGAAACACAGCGUUUCCAAAGCGAUAAAUCAGGAACGGCACACCGAGAAACGAGUAAGAAUCAUGCUUAAUGUCCUUGUAUCAGCAAGUCCUGAUUGCUUUGUGGAAGUUAAGCGUACAGAAAGUUUUUCAAGAAGAAUUACAACGGACGAUAUUUGUUUUCAUAAAUGUGUAAAAAGUCGUUCUCUUAACGAGAAGAGAGUUGUUGCUUGGUUUUCGCCGCUAGAUGAUUGUUGGUUUGAGCUGAUGUCUUGGAAGGCGUUUUGUACAAAGCCUUGUCCGCUGCGUUGUGAAGUCACAAUUGCAGUUUGUGAUUCUUGUUCCGUCGCCAUUCUUGCUCGUGUGUUUACUAGUUCAACACGUUUGGAACUCACAACAGCAAGUAAUAUCACGUUAAGGUUCUACAUCCCUUCAGAAUGGCUGGAAACAGAGGGAAAGCGUUCAGUUCAAACCAUACAACAUUGUACCAACGUUACAAAAGGCAACGUUUCUUACAAUUCCAGCGUCGAGACGAUGCUGUGGUCUAUUCCUAAACUUUCUUUCAACCCUUGCCGGAACUUCCACCUUACAGGCAAACCUUUGGCUCAACUAAGCACUCGGCUUGAAGCGCCGUCUGGCAGUAACACGCAAGAAAUAACCAAAUUCCCUGCAGAAAUGGAUUUCAAUGCUGAAGGAAACGCACGGUCGUCUGAAGUUAGAAUUGCAAGCAUGAAAUUGGGCGUGAAAUCAUUUGGAAAGUUUAAAACUUCCUAUUCUUCUUUAUAUCGUAUUAAAAUUCCUGUAAGCAUUGAAGAAACUGUCAAUGAUAGAGACGGCUGAUAUUGUAAAUUGUUAUUGUAUAACUUUAGUGGCCCCAAAUAAGGGCCACUGUACUCAGCGAUCGAUAUGUUUUUACUUUGUGAAUGA